AUGACGAUAUCGAUGUCGGAAUCGCUCAGGGCGGCCACGUCCGUCGUUGGCUCUCUCUUCCUCUGCGGACUUCUUGUGGUGGCCGGCUAUCGAGUUUUGCUGCACCCGCUACAUGGCUACCCUGGUCCUCUCCUUGCCAAGUUGACGGCGUGGUACGCGGGCUUCCACGCCGUCCGGAAGAGGCUUCACCUCGAGGUUGCAGAUAACCACAAGAAGUAUGGCUCCGUGGUGCGGCUCGCGCCGGACCGGCUGGUCUUCAACACGGUCACGGCUUUCCGAAGUAUCUACCAGAGCGACCAGGUCAUCAAGUCGUACACGUACCAGUCUACAUCCAAGGACUUCAGGCCCAACCUCCUGACCGAGCGUAACCUGGACGCGCACCGUGCGAAGCGCCAGCUUAUCGGUCAAGCCCUCUCGGACCGUUCCCUGCGUGCCUUCGCGCCGACCAUGCUCCAGCAGAUCGACACCUAUCUCGGACAGAUCCUCGCGAAUCCGCAGGCUGUGAACAUGACGGAGAAGACGCGGCAGCUGGCGCUGGACAUCGUCGGGCGGCUGGCCUUCGGCUACGACCUCAAGAUGCAGACGCAGCCAGACAAUCGCUUCGUCAUUAAAGCGAUGGGCACCUCACACUACCGUUUCAACAUCUACCAUCACCUGUACUUCCUCUCUCGGAUAGAGCCCACUAGACUCCUCAACUACCUCCAGCACGAGGCUAGAGAAAAGUACUGGCGACUGCUGCAGACCAUGAUCAAGACGCGCAUGGGGCAGGAUCGGAAAGCCCAGGCUGACCUCUACUCGUUCAUUGCCGAUGCCCUAGACGCCCAGCCCGACACCUUGAACAGCGGCGCCAUGUGGACCGAAGCCGUCUUCUUCAUGGCCGCCGGCGGAGACACGGUGGCGACGCUCAUGUGCGCCGCCUUCUUCUACCUGAGCCGCAACCCGGACGCGUACAAAAAGCUGGCCGACGAGAUCCGCUCCACCUUCAGCAGCGGCCGCGACAUCCAAGCCGGCCCGCAGCUCGCCAGCUGCGCGUACCUGCGGGCCUGCCUCGAGGAGAGCCUGCGCAUGUCGCCGCCGGUCGCCUCCAUCCUGUGGCGAGAGCAGGACCCCCGAGACGGCAGGCCCUUCGUCGUCGACGGAUGCGUGAUUCCCCGCGGAACCCUGGUGGCCGUCAGCCCCUACGCGCUGCACCACAACGACGCCUACUUCCCGGACCCUUACGUCUUCCGGCCCGAGCGGUGGCUGAGCGUCCCCGGCAACGAGGAGGCCUGCAGGAAGGCGCACGACGCCCUGGCGGCCUUCUCCACCGGGCCGCGCGGCUGCGGGGGCAAGUCCAUGGCCUAUCUCGAGUCUAGCCUCGUGCUGGCCAAAACCAUCUACUACUUCGACUUUGAGCCGGCGGCGGGCGCGCUGGGCGAGAUGGGCGCGGGCAGGCCCGGUGCGCGGGACGGCAGGCACAGGCCGGGCGAGUUCCAGAUCUACGACGUCUUUACGGCGCGGCAUGACGGGCCUUGUCUCACCUUCCAUCCGCGCGGUGACCUCUGCAAGAAGGAUCUUGAGGCAAGUGGAUGA